GUAAAAUACAAUUUUGUAAGGAAUGUUUGUACCGAGACUAAGGUUGUGCAAGCUUAAUGGAACUAUAAUGUUUGUCGCUAAUUUUUCUUCAAAACCUACAUCAUCAGAGGUUCUUACUGCUUAUUUGACACAGUGUAAAGAACCUCCAUGGACUUCAUACUUUGUGAAGUACAGUAGUGUAAAAGAUGAUCAAUUUGGCAAGUCAAACUUUAAUUGGCAAGUUGGUAAAUCUAACUAUCAAAUAUUAAGAACAGGAUGCUAUCCAUACAUUAAGUAUCAUUGUUCAAGAAAAGAAGCAGAGGAUUUAGAGACAUCUGACAAAUUCAUGAGGAUUAUUAAAGUUGUUAAUCUAGGUAUACCAUGUCUGUUGUAUGGCUUAGCAGCUAUUAUGUUAAUUCAUCACUCUGAGAUAGUCUACACAAGUAAGGGGCAGGUUACAAUAUAUUUUUUGUUGCGUGAACAUAAAGGAUCACUUCACUAAUGUAUUUGUUACCCUGAUUUUUGUAUUUGAAUA